AUGACAAUUUCCGCAGUCGCAGGGGUAGUAGUGGUAGUAGUAAUACUAUGGCGGUCAAUAACGGUCCUUUUAUCUAUGACCAGUGCCGUUGCUGUUGUGGCUAUUCUCGAUGUCUACUGUGGCUAUGCUGACUGUUUGUGCCGCCGAUGCUACAGCGGCAACGACGGAUGUACGCGGCGCUGCCGCUCCGGCGUGCCGCUACUGGUGCUGCAGCUGCCGCUGCGGCUCCGCUGCACGUAUGUGCACCUGCUUGCUGUUGCACUGAUUAUGCUGAAUGUAUGUGCUGCUGCAGCCCUAGCUGCUCUUGUGGCUCUGCUGUACUCGACGCUGCUGCUGCUGCUGUGGCUUUACUGGACGUACAUGCUGCUGCUGCUGCUGCCGAUGUGGCUCUGCUCUGCUGCUGUGGCUAGGCUGGAUGUACAUCCUGCUGCUGCUGCGACUCUGCUGUAUGCAUAUGCUCCCGCAGUAGCUAUGCUAGAUACAGGCGCUGCUGCUGCUGCUGUGGGUACGCUGUGCGACUAUAUGCCGCUGUUGCUGCUGCUACGGCCACGUGCUGCUGGUAUCAAUAUUAUUCUUGUCUGCGCCGAACUACAGGAAUCCUUUGUAGUUGCAGAAGUUGGUUACAACUUUUUUACCUCGCACAUUGAGAUGGAUUUGCUGGAUAACAGCAGCCACCCAGCAGCCCCUCACAAGCGUGGAAUUCCUCUGCCUGCCUUUUCUGACGCGAGCAGCAGCAGCAAUCCUAGCACAGAUGGCAGCAGCAGCAGCAGCAGAGCAGCAGCAGCAGCAGGAGCAGCAGCAGCAGUGGUAGCAGUAGGAGCUAGGGAGCGGAGCGACGGGCGCCCUCUCCUCCUCAUUGUUUCUGGUGCAGAGAGCAGCGGCAGCACUAGCAGCUAUCCCAGCACCAGCAGCAGCAGCCGCUGCCCUAGCACUAGCAGCAGCUGCAGCCGGGCUAGCACUAACAGCAGCAGCAGAGCAGCAGCAGCCACCCGUGCGCUAGCAGCAGCAGCAGCAGCUACCCUAGCACUAGGUCCAGCAGCAGCAGAUAUCGUCGCACGAGCAGCCGCAACAGGAGCCAUCCGAGCACCAGCAUUAGCACUAGCAUCAGUAGCAGCAUUAGUAGCAGCAGCGGCGACGACGGGCGCUAGUCACAGCGGCAGCGCCGCAAAUCCACAGCGGCUCCCUCAACGGCCCCAACGGCAGCGACAGCAGCAACGGCAGCAGUUGCUGGUGCCACACAAGACGAAGGGAUUCUCUGUAGAGCUGCUGCCGUGCAGCCAGCUCCAUGCGGCAGCUGCAGUAGCGGCGGCAGCAGCAGUACAACCAGCAAUAGCAGCAGCAGUAGAGACAGCAGUCUUAACGGCAGUAGCAGCAAUAGCAACAGCAUCAGCAGCAGCGACAGCAGCCGCAGCAGCAGUGGCAGCAGCAGCAGCAGCAGUAGCAGCAGCUGCAGAAGUAGUAGCAGCAGCAGCAAAUGACGUUGGUGCCGGCUUCGCGUUAUGGGUGCCCGUCUGUGUAACGGCAGCUAUGCAGGGACGCAACAUAAAUAAAAAUUGCAAAUUGCAGCACAUCACUACAGCAGCACGCAAGUGUUCGUCGGUGUUGCUGCCGGCCGCUGCAGACAUAUAUACAACGGAAACACGCUGGGGAGAUGUUACACUGCAGCCCUUGCAGCGGCCGCAGCAGGCGGAGGCGAAGGAGGAAGGGCUGCAGCAGCAGCGGAAAGAGGAGCAGGAGGCGGAGGACUGCUGCAGCAGAUAG